AUGCUCAAAGUAAUUGAUCAGCAUCAGCAGAUCAGCUCUCUGGUGGAGAAGUUACGCAGAGAGCGAAUCAACAGCAGCAUCGAGCAGCUCAAGUCUCUCCUGGGUCCAGAGUUCCUCAACCAGCAGCCAGACUCCCAGCUGGAGAAAGCAGACAUCCUGGAGAUGACCGUUUGCUUCAUGACACAGCUGCUGCAGCAGAACCAGCAGCAGAGGAGACUGAUGACGCACUCCAACAAGCUGCAGUCUUCCUCUGAGGAGAAGCUGAGAGAGGCUGACUUCUCUCUUCUGCGCUCCACAGUCCACAGCAACAUUACCAAAGACAAGGGUCCAGUCACAGACGCCCCCUGGAGGCCGUGGUAG